CCCAGUGCCACAUACUACAAUGUGUGCGCUUCCCUCGGUGGCUGUACGUUAGUACUAAUAUUAUGUGACCUUUCCCAGUCCACGCCCUUGGAGGCGGGUUAUACGGUCUCCGAGUAACAUUGGAGAAACGUAGGAGGAUUCGGUACUGGUUGUGUAGCAUAGUCUCAAAAAAUAAACAACUCAAAUGCUCGACAUUUCAAACCGAGACCGGAAUAGACAGUUUGACAGUAGGAAACUACAAUGUGCUUGGUAUCAUUCAACCGCACUGACUAGGAAGUGUAGCUGCUAUGCUAUGCAUUUUUUCUUCUGAAUAGUAUAGUAAUACCAUAUUCAUGCUAUAAAAGUAACGCUUGUGGCGAUAACUGUUAUUUAUUAAUAAGAAUAUACAUGUGAUAAUUAUUGAUUUGAUAUACAUUUAUUAAUUUGGAAAUGAGAGAUUAUGAUGAAAUUACCUCUUUCUUGGGUGAGUGGGGCCCUUUCCAAAGGACGAUUUUCUUUUUAUUAAGCAUUAGUACUAUCCCUAAUGGUUAUGUGGGGAUGUCCAUGGUAUUUCUGGCUGACAUCCCACCACACCGCUGCAAACUGCCAUACCUUAACGGGACCGGCGUAUAUUUGAAUCAGUCUUUACCAACGCAAGUGGUAAAUGGAGAAAUUAUUUACAGCAGAUGCUCUCGGUACAAAUGGGUCAAUACUUCUAGGACAGGUUUUUUAAACGAUACAGAAAGCUGCUUGGAUGGCUGGGAGUACAGCACAGAAAGGUACACCUCCACCAUAGUUACAGAGUGGAACCUGGUGUGUGAGGAGGACUGGAAAGCACCAUUUAGUUCCUCCAUCUUUUUUGCUGGUGUUCUCACAGGCUCCUUGAUAUCUGGACAAGUCUCAGACAGAUACGGCAGGAAGGUGGUCCUCUUUUUCACCAUGGCGCUGCAGACUGUCUUCAGUCUCAUUCAGGUCUUCUCUAAUAGCUGGGAGAUGUUUUGUGUUCUCUACUUUGUGGUUGGACUCGGACAGAUCUCAAAUUAUGUUGCUGCUUUUGUUUUAGGUUCUGAGCUCCUUGGCAAAUCUUCACGAAUUGCCUAUUCAACCCUGGGAGUCUGUGUGUUUUAUGCAUUGGGCUAUAUUAUUCUUCCCUUGUUUGCAUAUUUUAUUCGGAGCUGGAGGAUGCUGCUGUUUGUGAUUUCCAUUCCAGGAUUGUUUUAUGUACCUUUGUGGUGGUUUAUACCCGAGUCACCAAGAUGGCUGCUUUCCCAAGGCCGAGUUGAAGAAGCAGAAGCAAUCAUUCGAGCAGCUGCCAAGAAAAAUGGCGUUACACCACCGGAGAAUAUAUUCAAGGGAGAAGAAAUCAUUGCGUUUAUGCAGCUAACCUCUAAAGUGAAGAGCCAACAUUCAUACACCUACAUUGAUCUUAUUAGAACAACUAACAUAAGGAAUGUGAGCAUCAUUAACUUCAUCGUCUGGAUGAUUAUUACCAUCGGUUACUUUGGAUUAUCUUUGAAUACUCCAAACAUGAUUGGGGAUCCCUACGUCAACUGUUUCAUUUCAGCUGCUACAGAGAUUGCAGCCUACAUUUCAGCCUGGGCCAUUCUAAAGUAUACUCCACGACGCAUUGCGUUAUCUUUCCCAUUGCUGCUUGGUGGAGCUGUGCUGCUGCUCAUCCAACUAGUCCCUUCCAAUCUUCAAAUACUGAGCACUGUACUGGCGAUGGCAGGAAAAUUUGGAAUCACUGCAGCCUUUUCUAUAGUGUAUGUCUUUGCAGCAGAGCUCUUUCCCACAGUUGUUCGGAACAUGGGGGUGGGUGCGUGCUCCAUGGCAUCCAGGAUUGGUAGUGUGCUUUCUCCAUACAUCGCCUUCAUCGGGACAUAUAACAAGAUCCUUCCCUAUAUCCUGAUGGGAUCCAUUACUGUCGUUGUAGGCCUUCUGAGUCUGUUGCUACCAGAAACACAGGGACAGCCUCUUCCUGAGAAAAUCAGUCAAGUACCGCCACUUCACUGCUGCUGCAACAGAAGAGACCCAACUCUUGAAAUUGAUUUGGAAGAUAUCAGUAUAAGAAAUGGAAAAAACUCUGGUCAGCACAACUCUUCACAGGGCUAUUAAGAAAAGUACAUUAAAUCCAAUUUAAUACUUCUUUUGGCGCUUAUAUAAGUUAGUUUUGAUAAUAUAUCUAGGCUUUUUUUACAAUUGAGUGCACAUUGUGUUAAGUGUUACCUAAAUGUAUAUUUUAUAGUAGAAUAGUUUCACUAUAUAUCUAGUUCCCUAUCAAGUAUGAAAUGUAACUAUUACCGAAUGGGUGUUUACCUGUAAAGAUCCCAGAACCUGACUAGAAUACCACAGCUGUGCGCAAGUGCUUGUGACAUAGCCAUGCUCGCCCCCGAGAGCUUACAGACACAGGUACUAGUAUCAUUCUCCUUUAAGAUCCUGAGGAGACAGCAUACAGAUAAGUACCGGUUACUUUACUCUGCAUAUAUUUCACUACUAAUGCGAUAAUUAUUUUUGAAACGUUGUAUUUUUAGUUUACUAAUUACACUUAAUUUUUGCACACAGUCUGUUGCUUGUUACUUCCCAUAGCGGUUUUGUGCACCGCGUGGAGCCGACAGCUUCUGUCGCCCCUUCCAGGGAUCAAGCAGCUUAAGUCUGCUGACUUGUACUCUCCUGCAGGCUGCUAAUAACUCCGGCUGGAGUUAAAAUAAAGGAAACAGAAGUGUUUAGUUUAGGAACUAUAUUCUUAUUUCUGAAAUUGUUGCUGUCUUGUGAGAAAAUAUUUCUCGUGUGUGUGUGUGUGUUUUCUGUCUUGCACAGAAAACGAGCACAGCAGCUCUGGAUGUGUGUGUAUUUUUGGUUUAAAAUAAAUAAAUACAAAAUAACAUGGUUACAGCUGCUGGGCUCAGCAGCUGUGUGUUGAUACACUUUAGGUAGAUUGUUUCAGUCUGCCACAGUAGAGGUUCAAGGGAGACAUGUGCUUGUCCGGACAGACAACACUAUCAUGGUGGUUUGUAUAAACCACCAGGGCGGCCUAAGGUCUCCAAGUCUCCAUCGUGUGGCCCGCAAGCUGUUGCUCUGGCACACAAACACCUCCUCUCACUGCGGGCAGUACAUCUGCCCGGGGUGGUAAACUGGGCGGCGGACCUCCUUUCCAGGAGAGUUUCCAGUUCCUCAGAGUGGAGGCUUCACCCCGAGGUGGUGAGCCUCAUUUGGGACCAGUACGGGAGAGCAGAAAUAGAUCUCUUUGCCUCCCAGGAAUUGACCCACUGCCCCUUUGGUUCUCUAUAACAGGAGACGGGGACCCGCUGGCAAUAGAUGCCUUGGAACACCAGUGGCAAAGGCAACUGUUGUAUGUCUUCCCACUGAUAUUAGUAGCCCCUUACUGGCCCAGGAGACUUUGUUUUUUAGCUCUGAUGCAGCUCCUGAGGAACCAGCCUUGGAGCCUGCCCAAUUGCUGCGAUCUGCUCAGUCAGGUGCAGGGAACCUUAUGGCAUCCUGACCCAUCGAGCCUACAGCUCUGGGUCUGGCACCUGAAUGGCUGCAAUUAAGCCAUCUGGGUCUGUCCAGUAGGGUCAUUGACACCCUGCAAAAUGCCAGAGCAGCAUCCACAUGUUCCCAGUACAGGUACAAGUGGGGUGUCGUUCAGAUAUGGUGUCUGCCUCGUGGGUUUGACCCCACGAUUUGUCCCAUGGCAGCAAUACUACAAUUUUGCAGGACCUAUUUGACGAGGGGAAAUCCCCAUCCACAUUCAAGGUCUGUCUGGCAGCCAUUUCGGCCUACCAUGUCAAAAUUGACUUGGUCUCCGCAGGAGCUCACUUUCUGGUGGGACAAUUUUUGGAAGGAGCUCGGCGGCUUCGGCCACCUCCUGAAGGAUAUUGUUCCUCACUGGAGGCUUAAACUAGUGCUUGAGGCACUCAUGAAGCCUCUGUCCUGUGCGGGCACUGGCUUAUUAUGUGGACAGGACAACGUUUUUGUGUCUGUUAUGGGACUAAGUCCCAUGGGCAAGCCCUGUCUAAACUGAGGCUAUCAAAAUGGAUAAUAGACACAAUCAGGACGGCUUAUGAGCAAGCCAACUUGCCCCCUCCAGAAAAGCUCACUGCCCAUUCCACCAGGGGCAUAUCAACUUCGUGGGCUUUGUUCCAAGGUGCGUCUGUCAAUGCCAUUUGCAAUGCAGCGGUUUGGGCUACUCCCCAUACCUUUACAAGAUUCUAUCGACUGAAUGUCAUGGAUCCACAAAACCCUUGCUUUGGUACUAGAGUGUUGAGGGCGGCUUCAGGGUCCACCCUUACAGCGUAACAUAGAGGUGAGUUCUCCAUCAAUUGUUUAGCCCUAGCUACUUGUUUCUGGGGUUCCGAAUGGUAACGCACAAGGCUCAGUAGCAGUAGCAGUCCGGUCUUUAUGCAAUAUUGCCUUGCAAUGGCUUUGGUACACUCACCCAUUCGGGAAUGGUUACAUUUUGUACUUGAUAGGGACCAUUGGGUUAUUUUCUUAACCAUGGUUCCCUGAAAUAGAAAUGUAACCAUUAACCUUCAAGGUCACUGUGUCCAUGAUUGCAGCAUGUUUGAAGGAAAAAUGAUACUAGUACCUGUGUACUAGUAUGGCUAUGUCACAGGCGUUUGCUCGCAGCUUUGGUGUUCUAUUCAGGUUCCGGGAUCUUUACAGGUAAACACCCAUUCGGUAAUGGUUACAUUUCUAUUUCAGGGAACCAGGUUUAUGAUGAUAACCCAACGUUUUAAAAUGUUUUUCUGUAUUAAAUUUUUUUUUAAUUUCAAUCAAAUUUCAAAUUGACAAAUACAGUACAAUAUUAAAAAAUAAUAGUACAUCCAUUCACAUAUUUUAUGCAUACAUUAAGAAUAUUGAUAUUAUUUUAAUGCAAGCUUAAAUAGUAGAAACAUUCGACCACAGACUCGCUUUUUACUGCAGAAGGAGUAAAGUUGCAUGUGUUAAGUGAACAAUACAAUAUUUUAUUGGAGUACAGUGGUUUGCAGAAGUAUUCACCCCAUACCAAUAAUGUCACAUUUUGUUGAAUUACAAAUAAUGUAUGCAGUUUUUCAAAUUAACUUUUUUUUUAUUUAAAGCUGUAGUGGUUAAACUGAACACUGUUAUAUGAGGAGGAGGAUAAAUGUCAGCAAAACAAAGAAAGCAAAGAAAAUGUACAAAAUGAAAUUUAGUGGUUGCAUAAGUAUUCAGCCCCUUAAGUCAGUACUUGGUAAAAGCACCUUUUGCAGCAAUUACUGCUGUGAGUCUUUUUGGAUAGGUCUCUACUAGCUUUGCACAGUUUGCCCAUUCUUCACAGGAAAAUUGCUCCAGUUCUGAUAAGUUUGUUGGGGAUCGUCGAUGGACUGCAAUCUUCAAGUCUCACCAUAAAUUUUCAACUGGAUUCAAGUUAGGACUUUGACUGGGCCACUCAAGAACAUUAACCCUUUGCGGUCCUAUAUUGGACCUGGUCCGACAUCGCAAUUUUCCCUUUCCAGUCGAAUGUCGGACCCUGUCCGACAUCAUCAAAAAGACGCAAAAAACAGGUCUCUAGUCAUUUUUUCUCCGGAAAAAGCCGAGAAAACCAUUCAAUGGCCGAGUGAGACCGACAGGAGCCGAGAGAAGCCGAAAAAAAGGGGCGUAUCUCAUGAAUACUAAUAGACCCGACACCACAUAGAUAACAUGGACAUAAACAAACAAGAUAGCUGCUUCCGCAUCCAGCGCUCAAAGAACAUCACAGACAUUUGCAGAGCUUUUUUUAGAUGUUAUAGUAAUAAAAUAACGACUUGGAUCGCAUUAUUGAGGAGUUUGGUGAUAAAACGAGUGAUCAGGGGAUAAUUUAUCGGUAUGUACUACUACUACGAGGUAUGUAAAAAAUAUAGCGAACGAGGGGUGGGGUGGGGCUGGAGAUGCAGUACUGAGUGUCCAGUGCCUUUUAAACCUGUUUUACUGUGGAAAAAAAAUACUUUUAAACAGCUCAAACAGCUUUUCCUUAAGGAUUCGUCUGUAUUUUGCACCAUCCAUUCUCCCCUCUAUCCUGACAAGUUUCCCAGUCCCUGCUGAAGAGAAACAUCCCCAUAACAUGAAGCUGCCACCUCCAUGCUUGACAGUUGGGAUGGUGUUGACUGGGUGAUGUGCAGUGUUGGGCUUGAGCCAGACGUAACGCUUGGAAUUUAGACCGAAAAGUUCAAUUUUUGUCUCGUCUGACCACAAAACCUUUUUCCACAUGUCUGCAGUAUCAUCUACAUUCUUUUUCUCAAACUCCAUACGUGCUUUAAGAGGAGGCUUUUUGAGUAAUGGCUUCUUUCUUGCCACCCGUCCAUACAGACCAGCUUUGUGUAGGGACCAGCUUAUUGCUGAUGUGUGAACACUGACUCCCAUCUCAGACACAGAACUUUGCAGAUCUCUUAAGGUCAUUUUUGGCUUAAGAGUGACAUCACAAACCAGUUUCCUGCUUGCCCGGCUGCUCAGUUUGGGAGGGCAACCUGAUCUGGGUAGUGUCUGGGUGAUAUGAUGCAUCUUCCACUUCUUAAUGAUGGACUUCACAGUGCUGAGAGAGAUAAUCAGCGCCUUUGAAAUGUUCUUGUACCUUUCUCCUGCUCUGUGCCUCUCUACCACUUUAUCCCUGACUUGUUUCAAAAGCUCCUUGGUCUUCAUGGUUGCUUUGUUGGAUCACUAUGUGAGUUGCAGCUUGAAAGUCUUUAUAUACCUGAGGGAAAUUAUCUACAAGAAACCACUUUGAGUACACACAGGCUGAAACCAUUUCACUAAUUUUGUGACCUUUCAAACAAAUCAUUUUCACCUGAGCUGAUUUAGGGCUGCAGUAGCAAAGGGGUUGAAUACUUCUGCAACUGAGAUUAAUCUGUUUUUCACUGUAAAUCUUACUUAUUUAUAUUCUAUAUGCAUUUUUUUUAAACUUUAUCAAUGUGGAGUACUUUGUGUAGAUUCUACAUGUAAAGUCUAAUUUGAAAGCGUCGUGGAGUAUGCUCAGGUGCCAACAAAAUGUGAAAACUUUGCAGGGGGGUGAAUACUUAUGUAAACCAUUGUAUAUGUACAAAGAAAUGAUUGAGCAUUGGUUCUUGAAGGAAACAUUAUUUAUUUAUAAUAACUUGAACAGUUUGGUGUCCGUUUUACAUUAUUUUCUUAAAGUGAAAACUUUCUAUAAUUAAGUGAAACUGGUAACUGAUUACUGAUUAAUGAAACUGUUUUAUAUACACAGAAAUUCUCUCAGACAUAAGCUCUCUGUAAACAUUUCAAUGUAUUAUUUAAUAAUCUUUAAAACUUGACUGAUGCCUGUUUUUUGUUUUGUUUGUUUUGUUAUUAUUAUUAAUAUUAUUUGUUAUGAUUAUUAUUAUUAUUUAGCAGACGUCUUUAUCCAAGGCGACUUGGAGACAGAGACAGUUGUUUUUUUUUUUUGGAUGCUGGUGAUAUGGAAAUAAGAAAACAAAAAACACAAACUUUCAGUUUCUUCAUAAUAAAUAAACACUCACCCCAUGUGCAGCACUCUCAAUAGGACCCUGAUGCGAUGCAGUCAGCUUUUGAGAAAAUUGCACAUAUACAUUUCUGUUAAGGUUUGUUUUAAAAACAGGCCAAAUAUUUAAAUUCUUGGUCAGUUGUAUCAUGUAUAGGACAUAUUCUAUUUAUUGCACAGAUUAUCAAUACAACAUUUCUUAAUGUAGGUGAACUAACAUUAUUACGUUUGCACAGCAGAAAUCACUUUGUUUUUCUUUUAUAUGCAAAAAGAGUACAAUACAGCAUGGAAACAGCAAGGGAAACUAUAUACCUGCUCAUAUAAAUAUGCAUAGAUAUAUACACAUUUAUACAAACAAGCAUGCACAGUUUAGCCAUGAAAAUUGAAUUUUAUGAUUGAGCCUACUAUCUAGAAGCUUGGUAAGUUGUCUAAAGUAGAACAUUUACAAAAAUAUAAUAUAUAUAUAUUUUUUUUAAAAACUGAACGAAGGGGUACCAAGAUAGCCUAAUUAAUUCAGACUUAUUUUUAAUUCCAUACAUUAUUUUUUCCAUAAGCAUACACUUCUGUAUUUCUGGUUAAUACAGAUUGGUAACCUGUAUAACAUUUUUUAUUAUAGUCCAGUGGGAUUUUUAUUACAUUAAAGUUCUGCAAAACCGACAACUCACAACUAACCUUAUCUGCUCUAAACAAACUUUAUUUUUCACACAACAAAACUCAAUGUACUGUAACUGUUUCUUCUUUGUCUGAUAUUAUUGUAACCUGUGUGCAAUAAACUAUGACUCUGCAUAAGAAUGUUUCAAGGGAGUUUUCCAUUUCACAUGUUGCAUGCGCAAUUGCUACAAGUUUACAUACUGGCAUCUUUUUACAUUUUUGGUUGUUCUUACAAGGUGCAAGAGUGCGAAACGAGACAAUGCUCUCAUAUUGUUAUUAAACUUUGUAAAUAGAAUGGCUUUUAGCUGUAUUUUAUUAAUAAAUGUAUUGUUCUUCACAAUAAACAAAGCAUCUGAUCACACAAGCUACAGUCCUAGGACCCCUUCUAUUCUCACUAUACCCGCUGACUAGGUACUCUUCUCUUUUGGCUUCUCAUAUCUCCUAUAUGCUGACAAUACUCUUUUUCUCAUUUCCUUCCUUUGACUCCCAUAUCUCCUCCUGCAUUUCAGAUUGUCUCUCAACAAUCUCAUCUUGGACACAUUCACAUCACCUCAAACUCAACCUUUCUAAAUCCGAUCUCCUUUACUUCUACUUCUCCUCUGACCUCUCCAUCUCAUUCUUCCUUAGUGCUAUCAAUCUUUCUCCUUCUGCUAGAAACCUAGAUGUAUUUUGGACCCUUCCCUCUUCUAUUCUCAACACAUCUUUCCACUAACACAUACUUGUUGUUUCUUUCUUAACAACAUCUAUAGAAUCUGCCCUUUUUUGAUCUACUUAUUCCACCCAGCUCCUGGUCUUGUUCUUCUAGAUUGGAUUAUUGUAACUCUCUCCUCGCUGGUCUCCCUGCUUCAGCUAUUCGCCCUCUUCAACUUCUUCAAAAUUCUGCUGCUCGUCUGGUAUCCUCCAAGCCCCCCUACUCUCACGCUACCCAUCUGCUUCACACUCUCCACUGGCUACCUAUAUGUCUCUGCUUGCAUCCAAUUUAAGACCCUUGCUCUUGCCUAUCGCUCUUUUCAUCAUACUGCCCCUUCCUAUCUCCAAUCCCUCAUGUCUGCUUCUAUUCCUUCUCACCCUGUGCUUAUCCUCUACUGACCGACUUGUUAUGCCUUCUUUUCACUCUCCUUCCUCCUGUGCUCGCGCCUUCUCUUCCCUCUACCGGUUAUCCUCAGGACUGUACAGUCUUUAACUGCUUUCCAUCGUCUUCUCAAAACCCAAUUAUUCAAUCUUUAGUUGUAAAUUCCUAUUUUAUAUAUCUUUUUGUAUUUUCCUUGAUUUAUAAAAAUGUUGUAUAUAUUGUACAGGAGGCUGUGUGGUCCAGUGGUUAAAGAAACGGGCUUGUAACCAGAAGGUCCCCGGUUCAAAUCCCACCUCAGCCACUGACUCAUUGUGUGACCCUGAGCAAGUCAUUUAAUGUGCUCCGUCUUUCGGGUGAGACGUAAUUGUAAGUGACUCUGCAGCUGAUGCAUAGUUCACACACCCUAGUCUCUGUAAGUCGCCUUGGAUAAAGGCGUCUGCUAAAUAAACUAAUAAUAAUAAUAAUACAUA